GCCAGAAAAAUAUAUUUCUGCUUUCAGUUUCGAAAAAUUUUUCGAUGGAAGCAGCCGAGUGCGAAUGCGAAUGCUCAAUGAGAAGAGCUUUUACUGUUUUACUUUUUGCCUGAAAUACAUUUUGAGAUAAUUUCUUAUUGGUAGUUCUGUUUAUGCCAUCGCUUGCGUCUGUCUGUGUUAUUUCGAUUGCGAGAGCUAGUUAACAUUAGUUAAAAUUAAAACAAACGCCAGCCCGAAGAUAUAAUCGAAUUGCGGUUUUUUCUUCUCGCACCGAAUUUCCAUCCACAUCCGCAUCCACCAUCCGCCAUCCGCCAAUCCAUCCCGUUCCGUUCGUUCGUCGCUAUCCGUCGGAUAUGUUGUUCUAUCGGUGUACCGUACAAGUACAAGUUCGUACCCAGUCCAAAGCCAAACAGAUUGCGCCGUGUGCCGGUAAAAAUAAGCGCAAAGUUUGAGAAAAACCAUCAACAUCAGAUGAUGUGCCCUGGAGGAAUUAAAAAAAACGUCGCGGUCUUAAUGAAAUCUUAAAUAAUGGGUUCGCUUUAGCACAAUUCGACGUUGCAUUCGGCCAGCGGUGUGUUGUGUAAACAAAGUUGUAGCUAUAGUUUUAGUUUAAUUAGCUUCGCAUAAGCUGCAACCGGAUCUGAAACAGACCGUGGAAACAAAAAAUAAUAAUUGCAUUUCAUGUAUGCCAGUGUAAAUUUGCGUUCGUGUGUGCUAAGUUUACAUAUAGAGAGUGGAGUGGAUUGGGAUUGGAUAGUGUUGGAUUGGAUAGUAUCCCUAUCCGAUUCGCGCCGUUAUUGUUAAUGCGCAGUGCAUUUAUUAAGGAAUCAGUCUGAUAUCAGAACAAGCCCAACUACCGCCUUUAAAUCAAAGAUAUGGUAGCCAAUUCCGAUUCCGCCGAACAAUCGACUCGAGCGACCAGAUUCGGUAAACACCGGCCAAGUGCAAACUCGACUCCCAUUACCACUGUGUAAAUACCAGAAAGUAAACCCGAAAAGAACAAUAAUUCAACCUGCAGGGGAAAAACAACAAAAAACGCACGAUACACUUAUUUGGAAGUGGAUUUAAGUUUCAGUAAUGCCAGCCAAUGAACGACCAAUUGCGAUCCGAUACAGAAACAGAAACAUAUGCGACGAGUAAAUAAAUGCAAAUUAAAACAAAAAAGCCGGGCUCAUGACACAAUUGGUCAUGUAAAUCGCUAAAGAUAAACAUAAUCCGUAUAAUCCGCACAAUAUCAUCGAAGUCGCGACUCUGGAAAAUGUGCAGUGCGGUUAAGUCCUGAAAAUGGAUCGCUUUUCACUGAUAAACAUCCGCACUUGUGUUUACCUCUGCGAUCCGAAAAGUUCGCCGAAGAAGGUGCUGUGAAGACCCGAAAUCCGCACAGCACUCCAUCCACAGAUAGAGAUCUCCUCCAGCUUUCGGUUUCCCGCACAUCUAGACCAUAUCCUAGCCAAUCGGAGCGACCGCACUAAGUAGCAUCUAAUCCUGGAGCUUCACACCAAUGCGAUAUGGAUUGUGAUUACUCGAAGUUUCUGUACAAAAUUGGACCCGGCACCAUACCAUCACCGUGGACACCAGUGAAUGCCGGUCCUCCAGGCGCACUUGGAUCGGCAGACACAAAUGGCAGCAUGGUGGAUAGCAAAAACCUGGAUGUUGGUGAUAUGAGCGAUGACGAAAAGGACUUGUCAUCCGCUGAUGCCGAAGGUGUAUGGAGCCCAGAUAUCGAGCAGAGCUUUCAAGAGGCUUUAUCUAUAUAUCCGCCGUGCGGACGUAGAAAAAUCAUUUUAUCCGACGAGGGUAAAAUGUAUGGUCGCAACGAGCUAAUCGCACGAUAUAUAAAACUGCGCACAGGCAAGACGAGAACCAGGAAGCAAGUCAGUUCGCACAUCCAAGUGCUGGCUCGCCGCAAGCUCCGCGAGAUCCAGGCGAAAAUCAAAGUGGAAACCAAUGGUGUGUCUUUGCAUUUAUUAAAUGAGAAAGAACAAGCGUUGCAGGUCAUGAGCACAAUGACCAGUUCGCAAAUCGUGUCCGCCCAAGCGGCCAACAAUCUGGCAUUGGCUGCCUCGGCAUUAUCGGCAGCAGGUGGUGGUGGUGGCGGCGUCCACCACACCACAAGGCAUCUCAAUCUCAGUCUCCCACCACCCCCCACCCACCAUAGACACUCGUCGGCGGCAGCGGCAGCAGCUGCUGCAGCAGGCGCAGCAGCCGCAGCAGCAGCAGCAGCGGCAGCAGCAGCAAUAGGCAGCCAUGUCCCUUCAGCCGCGUUGGUCCCCGGACCGCCGGCUAUACCGUCUACCACGUCGACGUCGUCGUCCUCUGCAUCACCACGGCAGCAACAACAGCAACAGAUACAGCAGCAACAGCACCACUACCACCACCCAGCCCACGCCCACCACCACCACCACCACCACCACCAUUCCCAUCCCAAUUUGACGCACCUACCGCAUAGUCAUAUGCAUCCACACCAUCACCAGCAUGCGGCAGCCGUUGCAGCGGUAUACCAUCUACAGCAGCAACAGCAGCAGCAACAACAGCAACUGCAGCAGCAGCAGCAGCAGCAGCAGCAGCGGGCAAACCAUACGGACAACGAUCCAGUGGCUCUGGGUACUGGCGGCGGCACUAGUGAGGCGUCGCCAGCACCGCCAGCGCCACCACCUCCUCCGCCGCCGCUGCCCCAUCCGCCGUUGUAUUCUGGCCAAUUCUGGCAACCUGGACUACAGCCAAGCACGUCCCAAGAUUUCUAUGAUUACAGCAUCAAGCCCUUCCCCCAGCCGCCGUAUCCAGCUGGCAAAACGUCGACUGCGGUUUCCGGGGACGAAACUGGAAUUCCGCCCUCACAAUUGCCCUGGGAAGGACGAGCCAUUGCCACGCACAAAUUCCGCCUACUCGAGUUUACGGCGUUCAUGGAAAUCCAGAGAGAUGAAAUUUAUCACCGGCAUCUAUUCGUUCAACUUGGCGGCAAGCCAUCCUUUUCCGAUCCAUUGCUUGAGACUGUUGAUAUACGGCAAAUAUUCGACAAGUUUCCGGAGAAAUCUGGGGGACUCAAAGAUCUCUACGAAAAGGGUCCACAGAAUGCGUUUUACCUAGUUAAAUGCUGGGCGGACCUGAACACCGAUCUUACAACCGGCAGCGAAACGGGUGAUUUCUAUGGCGUAACCAGCCAAUACGAAAGCAACGAGAAUGUCGUGCUCGUGUGCUCCACAAUCGUUUGCUCCUUUGGCAAGCAGGUGGUGGAGAAGGUGGAAAGCGAGUACUCCCGACUGGAGAACAAUCGCUACGUCUAUCGCAUCCAACGCUCCCCCAUGUGCGAGUACAUGAUUAACUUUAUUCAGAAGCUGAAGAACCUACCGGAACGCUAUAUGAUGAACAGUGUGCUGGAAAACUUUACAAUAUUGCAAGUAAUGAGGGCCCGCGAGACGCAGGAGACACUGUUGUGCAUAGCUUAUGUGUUUGAGGUGGCGGCCCAGAACAGCGGCACCACCCACCACAUAUACCGUCUAAUUAAGGAAUAGCAAAAGCUGCAUGGAGCAGAACCCAACCUGUCUGCGAAUCCCAUCAUCAACACACAAGUUCACAAAUAUAGCGACAACAACAACAGCAGCAGCAGCAUCAACAAUAAUAGUAUCAUCAAUACGGCUAAGAAUUGCGAUAAUAAGACGAGUAAUGAAAUUGCCAACACAAUAUC